AUGCCUACCCGGUCUCUCUACAACGACAAUGGAGAAAUAGCAGGUUGGCUCGAAUCCACUGCCAGAGGUGACGAGUCCUCUCAAAAUAUGCCGGGAUCGCGCCGGAGCCGGACACAGUCUGAUGUCUCCACCAGUCAUUCGGGAACAGCCUCCAUCACCAAUAAUACCUCACGCCAUACCACUCGGCACGAGCCCAAUCCUAUGGCUGACCUUUUUGACACCUUGAUCUCGAUCCCUCACCGGGUUCCACAGAUGUUCCACGAGGACAAGAUAAGGAAAAGCUGGCCUGCAUUUGCCAAGGAUGCAGAAGAUAUGGCUGUCGUCUUGAAGUCACGUGAAGAAUUCACCUCGAUGAAGAGCAUUGUCAUGAACACCACAAUCGGCGGCGGACCCAUGGGGGUCACCUUCAACCGGGUCAGCCUGCAUGAAGCAGGACGUGGUAGAGAUCUCAUGAGCGUGAUGUUCUUUCUGAGUAUAGAGAUGGGACGAAAUUGCACGAACCUCAGCAAGGAAUACCGAGAGGGCAAGCACACUGCUAUGGACCAGGCCAUAAUCAUGAAGGUCCAAAGACCCGAGCUGUCCACAGUACAGGGAUAUCUAGAGGACGGCGAGGCUAGGCAAGUGCACAAGUUCUUCGGCCAGAGCGACAGCUCCGGAUGGCUGAUGUACACAGCUUCGAACCCUGUUAUUGGACUUUUCGAGACCGACUUUUACACAUUUUAUGGGCUAUGCGAAAUCUAG